GCCCAACGCGUUACUUCUUGUUCUGCCAGCUAGCCUAUUUGGCUUGCGACUAUUGACCUUGUAAGCCUAUUUCCCUCGUUGCCUUUGAAGGAAGUGCGCUCUCGCACCCACCUGCAACUUCCGCCGCUGCCUCGCAAUAACUGUCCUCAGCAGGGUUAUCCGUGGUAACUACCGUUGUGUGCGUAUCGAAGCUCCUAGGUUUCUCGCGGUGCUAGGCAUUCUUCUGUACGUUAACAGCUGGGCAAAGCCUUUUUUUUUUGGUUCUCCACUCAACUGGCGAAUUCAUUUAGCACCCAUCGUUUUUUCUUUUCUCCUCUAAGCUCGUCGUUCAUUUCAUCACCAGAAUCGUCUCUUUUUUUCUGUUUGUUUGUUUCUUUCGAAGGCGUGUACGUGCGCUUGCAGGGACAUCUAAAUUUCUCUUGCUUCCUUGGGUGUGAUUAAGGUGCCCUCUUUCUUCUUCCUGUUGGUAAGUACUUGUGAUAUGUGCAUAGCUAUCUGUUCACAGCACUGCCUCUGUCUCUUUUCCCCUUACGGUUGGCGCUUUUCAUGUUAGUAGAGUUUUGCUUUACACACACACACAUUCUCUCUCUCUCUCUGCCAGAAGCUGUUUCUCUUUCCUUCUUUUCUUCUUCCUCUCCAGGUUGCAUCAUCUCCGUCCCUUCCUGAGUUCUAUAUCGGGUUUGGCUAUCCGCUGCUGUGCGUUCAUUCGAUCCUGUUGUUUGCUUUAUCUGCGUAGUGGCUUUUGUGUAUAUCGUUGCUGUCUUUCCUCUCAUCGCGCCCGACGUCUCUCUCCCGUUGGCUCUCUGUCUGUUCUACCGGUCGCGUACGGUCGCUUUCACGUUCGUUUCACUUUGAAAUUAUUUCUCCUCUUCUAUUACCCCUCCACCGUUGUCGCUGCCUGAUCUGUCGAUGCUUCCCAUAUCUCGCGGAAGGGCGCUUUACAAAGCGCUUUUCUGCAUUCUUGUCACCGUUCAUCUUUGCGGCGCAGCUGCCUCUUCGGCAGGCGGACCCGCGGCCCAUGACCGCCCACCCGCAACCACAGACAUUCGCAGCUCCGAGGCGGACGCGGUGGUGAACUCCCUCUUGUGGAUGCUGGACCAGCAAGAGCGGCAGAAACACGAGAGUGUACUCCGCCCGGGCGGGCUCACACCGCUGGCCGAUGUUGACAACGCCGAACCUCCGGUGAGGGGCGCGGCGGAGGUCACGGGUAGCGAGUCAGUGACGAAGUCCUCCGGCGCGGUGCCGAUGACGAUCACGACGACGACCACCACCUCCAGUCGCUUCCCAAGCCCCGCAUCGACGCCGGCCCCCAAAGUGGCGCAGUGGGUCGGCAUUUCCGUCGCCAUUGUCGCCCUCGCCGGGCUGAUAGCCGGUCUCGUGCUUUGUAAACUGAAGACAAAGGAGAAGUGCUGGUUUGCGCCGAAGCCGCGCGAGAUGGUUGUGAUCUCUCCCGGCGGGUCCACCGGCUUCGGCAGCAAAAGCCCCUCCGAGGACUCCUUCGGUUUGCACGAGGGCGAGCGGGCGUUUCACGAGGCCGCCCUGGAUGAGAACGCACCGCGCCGCUCGCUGGUCGACAUCAACGCGGCGAAUGGAAGUCGGAACGGUGACGAGGACGACUCGUCCGACGACGACGAUGAAGUGUACGUGGAGAACGGCGAGCGCAACGGCCACUUGGGUGGCGACGCAGCCCUCCGAACGGUGCCCCCAAAAGGUGCAACCGGGCAAAACCCAGCGAUGACGUUUUCGCCAACUGUUCCACCAGCCUUACCGCCGAUUGGACACUUCCAUCCACGGCAAUCCCAGUCCAAGCAGCAACCCUCUACCCCACAACGCCGGCUCUCCGGCAUGUCAAAGCAGCGUCUCCCACGAUCGUCAAGUGUGAGCUUCUCUAACUAA